AUGUCGCGAUUUCGGUUCGUUGAGCACACGAUGGCGUCGCUUGAAGAACCGUUGAGGACGGGAGAGAUUUCUCCUCGAUUUGAUAAAUUUUUAAAAGAUGUCGUCGAUCAUCUGAGCCCAGAAGAGCUUGAAUAUGCUGUAUCGUCUAUCAAAACGAAUUUUGAGAUUGGAAAGUUCGGGGAUAAAGGAGAUCAGGAUUUAUAUUCGUGCCUGCAUCUUUUUGCAAAUCAGGGUCUUGUGUCGGAGGACAAUUUGACUUUGUUGGAGAAAUUUGUAGUCACCCCACAAACAUCUAAGAAGGAGGAAAUCAAGGAAAAGAUUGAAGCUUUUAAGGCAAUCCGCUUGCAAGAGGUUAAAGAGUCAAAGGCAGCGACAUCAAGGGAAUUAACGGGAAGACACAGCGACUUAAAAAAUGUUAUGUCGAAGUUAACAACUGGUGGAUCAAGUGUCGUAAAUCUCUACGGAGCCAGUGGUGUCGGGAAGACAAGACUUGCAAAUGAAGUGCUAUAUAAGUGGCAAGGAACGCAAACGAAUAAAUUUAACGUGGACUUGAGAGAAAUAGACGAAAUGGAAGACGUUCACUUCCACCUUUUACAAGUGCUUUCAACCGAAUCGGAGGAGACAACAGUGAGCUAUGAAGCAAAUCCUGUUAUUUUGAAAAUGAUGCAGCUGAGGCAACGGGCACAAGGGAACAUUUUGCUGCUUUUCGAUAACGUUGAUCAAUUUUCAGGUGGAAAAGAUGAGGCUGCCGUUAGACGGAAUACUAAUUUUGUGUCAUUUCUCCAACGACUUACCAGUGACAAAACUGGGCGAGAGAAAUCGUCAUUGAAGAUUCUGUUGACAUCUAGAAGUGCAUUUCGUCACGGUGUGGAAAAUUACGAAGUGAGAGGUUUGGAAAGGGUCUCUUCGUGGGAGCUCCUUCAAAGGCAAGGGACACCUGCUAUUCAAGGGGGCCAGAGAGAGCGAUUAGUUGAGAUGUGCAGAGGGAAGCCACUACUGCUCAAUGGCAUGGCAUCAAUUUUAAGGCAGGAAACUGAUGCAGAAAGACUCCUUGGAACCAUUGAGCAGGAGUUAGCGGUGGAACAGUCCCAAGACACUGGGGAAGAACAAACUGAAAAGGAGGACAUGUUUGAUGUUAACGACGAAGGUAUCGAUAAGAAACAGUUGUCAUGUUUGAGGAAAAUGUUCUUUUUCCUUCCAAGUAAAACACUUAAAGAGUCUGCCGUUUCGGUGUCACUCUUCUGCCGCCCAUUUUCAUUGGAAGCAGCAGCUGAGGUACUUGGAGUAAACGUUUCGGAAGCUGCAAUAAGAAUGGAAGGAAUGCGUAACAGUCAAGUGGUCUUCCUUGUUCCAGAGUCAAAAGAACUGCUGUAUGACAUACAUCCCUUGAUGCGAAAGUUUCUUAAAAGCAUUGGCAAUAGCAAGGCUUUCGAGGAAGCUUACCAAAAAGCAAAAGCCCUUUUGGACAAAGACUACGUAAAAGCUUUUGACAGCUUUGAUUUCCAGAAACCCAACUUUGAACUUGCUCUAGACAUUUCUAUGAAGUCCAACUACCUUCUAAUUUCCCAAAAACACCGAGAAAGUGUCUUGGUUUGUUAUUUAUUUGAAGCCAUGAUAAGUGAUGAGAGGCGAAGAAGAAAGAUUUUUCACACCUGGGCUGAAAAGAUAGAGGAAGAUGGAAAGGAAGGUAAGGAGAUACUAUUUUUCUUUGUUCAGUAUGCUAUCGCGAGCAGUUUCCAAUUUAAGAACAAACUAUUACCAAAAGCACCGGCUCAACAGAUGAACAAGCUCGUGAAAUAUAACAGCAGACAUAUGAAUUGAUUUUCCCAAGUGUGAGCAAUGGUGAGCUAGUUUUUCCGAAUAUAGUGCACACCAUAAAACUUGGCCAUGUCGACCCGGAGUUUAGAGUCUUACAGUCAACUCUCUCCAAGACGCGAGACACCUUUCCAACCCGUGUAAUGUGUUCGUUUUAUAUCAUAGAUUGUCAGCUAAAAGGGGUAAAGAAAGGCAAGGGCCAACCCUAGGUGUCUGUUUUUGAUAGAGGGAGAGAGAGUCGAACUUCUUCCUAACCGUCCCAAGCCGGGCAAUGUUUGGCAGUGUUAACUGAUGUACGAGAGCUUUAGGGUUUGGCAAUACUACGCCACUCCUAGUGGAUUCUUACUAAUACAAACCCUUCCGUUAAAUUUCAAGUAACACCAAAUCUUGUAUAUAUGAUCUGCCCCUCUUAAGAGAACUGAAGAUGUUGGAACAACGGUACAUACUUCGUAUGUUCUCCUUAGUGUCCAAGUCAGGUCCAGACAAAAGUACCCCUAUUUGGUUUCUUGGUCCAGAUAAAAGUGUUUUGAUUGUUCUGCUCCUCAAUUUUCUCCAUAGGCAGUAUAUUUCGAGCGGAAUUGCAAUGCUGGGAAGCUUUGCAGGUACUCACACUUGAAGGGUGGCAUAGGGCUGCGGAAGUUGUUCAAGAGUCGAGGAAGUUGCUGAAGAGGGUGCAGAGAGAUAGCAAAAAGACCGAGCUUUUCAAGCUCGCGAAAAGCUCUUGUUUAUUAGUUGAAGGCGAAGUCUUCAACAGAGCAGGAAAUUGGCCAAAAGCACUUAAAAGUUUGAGGCGUUCCCUGGAAAUAAUCGAAGACCAAUUGAAAAAUCACACAAGCACUUGUAGAUGUUUGAAUGCCAUUGGAAAUUGCUACAGCAAACUGGGAAAACCGAAGGAAGCGAUCAAGUUUUACACAAGAGCGUACGAAAUGCGUCAAAAGCUUUCUGGUUCAAGGAAGCACUUUGACUUGCCUCUUUUUAGAAGUCAAAUUGGGACAGCUUAUGAAUCUAUGGCCAUUCAAGAGUAUAGCAAACACAGAAUGACGCCCGAGGCCAAAAUGAAUUUUCGAAAGGCUAUAGAAUACUAUCAGGAGGCUUUAGAUCUUGCCAAAGAACUCAAACUCACUGGGAUUCUAUACACAGCACUUUAUAACAGAAACAUUGCCAACGCUCACUCAUGGCUCAAGGAGUUUGAGGAGGCAAAAACAUUUGCUUAUAACGGGUAUCAGAUUCGGAAAGAUAUCCUUGGCAAACAUCCAUUAACUGCGCGUAGCACUUUUCAAAUGGCAGAAAUUUCUCUUUGUCUUAAGGAUUAUGAUGUAGCUGAAAAAUAUUACGAAGAAGCAUGGGAGAUUGAGAAAUCCCUGGGGCAAGGGAACCACAGUGAAGUACGGGACAGAAUCAUCUAUGGAUACGAGCGAAUGCUUCUCAAAGAGAGAAAGAAGGCAUUUCAGAAGGAAGUCUUGGAGUUUUAUCAAAGAUCAUGGGACGAGGAGAAACGUUUUGAAGGGUUUCAGUUCUCUCAGAUGAACAUGAAGAUCAUCGAUGCUAUAAAUGAACGACUUGGGGAAGAGGCUGAUGUCAAGACAAGGAGAAAAUAUCGAAGCGAAGCUCUUUGGUUUUACAAAGGAGCGUGGAAUUCCCCAGAAACCAAGAGAUUACCUUACGAGCAGAGAGAAAAAGUCUUACAAACUUUGUUACGUUUGUGUGCGGAAGUUAGAAAUAAAGACCUUCUUGAGAAAUAUCAAAAGGAAUCCUUUAGAUUCUACGAGAGAAGGUGGAAAAAGAACGGUUCAGAGUUAGAAGAGAAAAAAGAAAAAAUUGACUUGCUCACAAUACUAGAGGAUCUGGCUACAUCACUUGGAUAUGAAAGAAAGGCAAAAAAGUACCGCACCCAGCUACAGGUAAGCAAGAACUGAACACAUUCGUCGACUCGUAUUUCUGAUUUGAGAAAGAACAAACUAGAUGAAAGGGAAAGUGUUCUAACGAAAAGUGUUCUUGUUUUUCGUUUAGGACUUGAAAUCAAAGCGGAAAGCAUCGUUUUUCCGGCUUCCUUUUAAUCCAUUCGCAGGAGCAGGUAACAUUAUUGUUAUUAAUUAUUGUUAUUAUUGAUAUUAUUACUAUUAAUUUUUAAAACAAAAAGCAACCGGCGAAAUAAAAGAAACGUGACGUUUAGAUGGCUUCAUGUCAUCAUUAUCAAUAGAAAGAAAUUAACAUGAUUCGUGGAAAUAUAUAUCGAAGAAAAAAGUGAUGACAUGAAGCUAUCGAAAUGUCAAGUUUUUUUUAUACGGUUGAUUUUGCUUUAAAAUGUAUUUCUAAAUCCACUAUUAAUUUUAUUUUUAUUAUUUGAGCAUACUGAAAGGGAGGUCUCGUAAGCCAUAAAAAUUAAACAAAAUUUUCUAAACGAUAAAGGCUUUUUUGUCAGAUACCAAAAGCAACAAAGAUGUGGACUCGCCCGCAAGCUUUUAUCGCAGUUGCGGCAUGACGUGGUACUCCUCCAUGUGUGUUACUGUGGGAUACUUCACUCUCAAACCUUAUGAUUACUGAACAUAUCCUUUUCCUGUUUUUUUUUUUCUCAUCUUAAAUAAGAAAGUAAAAAUUAGCUUUACUUCAUGCAAGCUUAUGCAAUAAACAUUCAACAUUAAAUCCAAGCUUUCGCCGAUCAACGGCAUCAUAUCCGAGGGGGAUACCUGAUAAUGCUGUUGACCGGCGAAAGCUUGGCCAGAUUCCAAUUCUAUUUUUUAAACAACAGUUUAAGGCCUCAUUUGAACAAUAUUUUUUUUUAAUCAUGCCGCUGAAGGACAACAUGAACAGGUUAUUCAACAUUAUAUUUAACAGAGAAGUCUCUUGACAAUGAUGACGAUGAUGAUGACGAUGACAAUAACAUGGACAGUUCUGAAGAUGAUGAGAUUACAGAAAAACAGGAAAUGCCACAGCAAAUUGAUAAAUUUGGCCUAGAGGGACAAAUGGAGGACUUGGAUGAAUCCGAGUUAGAAAACGUUAAGAUACACGAGUAAGUAUACUACUGUUUCUUUACUAAGACCAUUGUUAGAGCACCAUGACAAGGAGAAACCUUCACUCUGGCCAAUCAUGCCAUUCAUUUUGCCUCAAGAGCUGUCUUAGUCUGCUACACAGCCGUUUUCAGUGUCGUCAAGCAACGCCCCUGGGAAGGAGCGUUGCUUGACGAGAUUAAAAACGGCUGUGUGGCAGACUAGAGUUGUCUCUCAGGGAAAUAGGAUUUUGUUUGAGGGUAUACACAGGUAAGGAACAGUAUAAGGGUACAAUCACUAAUCCCAUAGCAAUACAUCUUCCUGUGGCAAGACUUUACGUUUUACCAUCUUAAGCAAGCAAGCUCGUUAGUUUCCGUGUUGCUGAAAGGUCAACGACACACGAUAAGCGAAUUGUCUUUGCUCUAUGCUUACUGCUUUGUGGAAUAGGGUCAUGCCUGACUGAUAAUGCCUAUCUAACCUCAACUUGGCAAAACGACCUUAUUCUCUGUUUGGCAAAAAUGAGGAAAAUUUCCACUUAAAUGUGGUGUCGAAUCGAAAGCAAGAAUCUUGCAUUCAUCUGAAAACCACUCAUCAGUCUUCUUUUAACCCGUUUGUGUGUUUGGGGAACUUUACAUGCAAAAAAACAAGGAGGUCCGCUAAUUUAUGGAUUGUUAGAUGAUUGUUUGAUUGAUUGAUUGCAGAGGAACGCUUACCAGUGGAGGUACCCACUGGGUCCUCAAACGAGGGGGCGCUCACAUUUUCUUCCCUCCUAACGCCGUUUCUGAGCCCACACCAAUAGUGAUCCACCGAUGGAAAUGCAGUGCACGUUCGCCCCCACUGAAAGAGCACGAGUCAGUUGUCAGCAAUGUUCUUGACAUUUCGACCAUCACUGGUGAUGAACUGGAAUUCAAUGCUGAAGCGAAGUUGGUUCUCUCUCACAGUGCGCCUGGUUUACAGGGCUACGAACUGGUGAUAAAGAGGAUGAUCGACUGGGAAAGCAAUAAAUGGGAAGAGGUGCAUGGAACUGAGGACUUGCGGUGCUGGCAAGGUUUUAAGACAAUUUCUCUUUGAAUAGAAACUUGAAAAAAACAGCUGACACUUUUCCCGCGAAAUGACGUCUGAGGAACGACUGCAGAAAUUCCAUACCGAUGAAGCGUCACUACGCAGAUCUGGGUAGUACUUCUAAGUACUUCUAAUUGGUCGUGCCGCAAGGGGAGUUUGCUUCAACCAAUCAGAAGCACUACCCGGAUCCGGGUAGUGACACGUCAUCAGUAUGGAAUUUCUGCAGUCGUUCCGCAGACGUCAUUUCGCCGGGAAACCGGUUGUUGAGUUCCAACUUGUCAGCCGUUUUCUCAGGAUAUAAACAGUCAAUCGUCCCGUUACUUGUCUUUCUGUAUAAGCUAAAUUAACUGAUUAAUUUUUACAUGUCAAAACCACGAAAAUUGGUGUUUGGCUUCGUCGUGUUAACCUUAAUUAUUUGCUUUGACACACACCAAAGGUGCCACUAAUAUGGCACGGUUUCGAACGUGAUCUUUAUUCAAUAAAAUGGUCGUGUAACAAUGAGUUAAAGGCUGCCAACAGUUGAACCUGUCGUACUCUAACACUCAACACGUCAUUUGUUUCUGGCAGAUAAAACGAUAACGCAACCGACUCCCGAUAAAUCGAACCUGCAAGGGAAAUCGAAAAAAGUACGAAUUAUCGGGAGUUCGAGUUAGCGGGAGCUCGAACAAACUAGCUGGGAGUAAAGAAAAAAGAACAGUUUUUACUGCACAGUGAACAUUUCAAUCACAUUUAAUAUUGUAGAAAUGUUAAGUGAAAAUUGAAACAUACUUUUAGCUUAUAAAUCAGAACGUAACGUAACAAAGCAUUGCCUUAAUAGAGCAUGCGUUUUACUGUUUUGAGAAAUAAAGCGGUUUCAUGUUAGAUUUGUGACAAACAACAUCGGCCUCCACUAGUAAACUAUAUGCCUACAACACGUCAAUGGGAAAUUCAAAAUUCAAUGUUUAGGACGCCAGUACACUGUUUUUCCCGACUUUUAAAGAGCUCAAAACAUGGUUCGAGUUAUCGAGGGUAAAAUUAUAGAGUAAUGAUCUGAGGGGGAACAAAAAUUACUUCGAGUAAGUGAGAGGUUCUAGUUAUCGAGGGUAAAAUUGGAGUAAAUGUAUGACAAAAACCAGGGGAAAUCAAUUUUGGUUCGGGUCAGCGCGAGGUUCGAGUUAGAGAUGGUUCGAGUUAUCGGGAGUCAACUGUGGCUCAUAAUGUUUAGACGGGGACGUUUGCGAAAAGCGUUUACCUUUUAUAAUCAUAUUAAUGCUGCACUACACUAGAAAACAACUGUAAGGAUAAAUUUGCAUAGACAUUUUAAAGGAAACUAUUCAUUGCAUUUGACACUCAUCGCAUUUAGUCGUCAAAACGACUUUUUAGGUUAUUUAUCCCGGGGGGGGGACUACCCUUAUGAAAGGGGUGGGGAUGCUCGUCGUCUCCCUUAGGGGUAUGAAUUUCGGAUUUUGGUCUCACGCAAAACGCCAUCAUAUUUAGCCGUGAAGGUCUCGUUUAACGUUGCACGCGAAAAAGUAUAAAAAUAUAUACAAUGUCUGUGUUUUAACAUGGUCUCUUUAAGGGGUCAAAAAAAGUUUGGGCCCCGCCAGAUCGGUCUCCUUUAGGGGUUAAUUCAAAAUUUCCGACGAGCAUCCCCACCCGUUUCAUAUGCCGAGUGCCCCCCCCCCCCCGUAUUUAUAUUUCGCUCGUUACUCAUAUACCUUGUUUACAGACAUUGAAGAUGACUUCCUCUCUGACAUUGGCACCCCAGACUUUUUCUUUCCCAUUGCUCAAGCUGACAUAACUGAAUGCUCAACAUAUGCAGUUGUCUGUCGUCUUAAGUCCUCUCCGAUAUACACCAUCACACCUAAUGGCGGCUUAUUCACUCACCCUGAAUAUCCUGGUGUGAGUAUUAAAGUCCCCAAAAAAGCAGUUCCGCCAAAAGCAAAGUUUCCUUUGGAAUUGAAGGUAGGCACGUCAGUCAAUUGAAUAAUCUCUCUCUAGUUUUGUAUUGUUUUCGUGCUAGGAUGAUAGACAGACAGAUGCGUGAAGCUAGUGUAGUGGUACAUUCUAGCUGUUUUCGACUGGUGAGACUUGUUUCUAAGAAAACUUCAGGUUCUCUAAUCUCGACAAAAAUGCCAAAAGUUAGCGCGAAAUUAGGCUACCUAGAAAUACUGAGGCACCUUUACGGCGUCACUAACACAACGGUAAAAGGCUACAUGUUUCGCCUCGCGAGAUAUGGCCCAGGAGAAAUCUAGCCAAGUUGUCAAAUCUCGAAGAAAAUAUGAAUCAGACGUCAAACUAGCGAUUUUUAAAUCUUUUGUUCUGUCGUUUAUUCUUCUAGGUACAUGAAGUUCCCGCUGAAGAAUUUGAAGAGCAGGACGUGUUCCUUGGCCCUGUGUUGCGUAUAACCUGUCCUCAACUCGUCGAGUUCUUGAAGCCCGUCACAAUUCAGUUGCCAGUAUCGCUACAAAGCGACCAGGAAGGAAAUCCUGACCCCUCGACAUGCCGUGUCAGAGUAUUGUUCUUAAAAUCUGAUGGCGAAGAUAAAAAAUGGAUGGAAAUUACUGAUGAUCUUAGAAGUCCUGUAAAUUUUGACGGGAAAUUUGUUACUUUCCAGAGUGAACGCUUCUGUGGGUGA